AUGAGUAGCAGUGAUAAUGCCGCCCGCGUACUAAUAAGCACCAAUCUUCCUUCCGCCGAAAUAUACCUGUCUCUUAUACACAGACGCGCAGCACUGGCCUCGCAGCUCUUGGACCAGUCCGCUGUCUCGCCCGCUGGGGGCCCAGGACCGCAGACGUGGUGGCGGCGGCGGCGCCGCUCCAUCUCCCGGGCCCGCCAGGUGGAGCUGCUUCUGGUGGCUGACGCGUCCAUGGCGCGGUUGUAUGGCCGGGGCCUGCAGCAUUACCUGCUGACCCUGGCCUCCAUCGCCAAUAGGCUGUACAGCCAUGCUAGCAUCGAGAACCACAUCCGCCUGGCCGUGGUGAAGGUGGUGGUGCUAGGCGACAAGGAUAAGAGCCUGGAGGUGAGCAAGAACGCGGCCACCACACUCAAGAACUUUUGCAAGUGGCAGCACCAACACAACCAGCUGGGAGAUGACCAUGAGGAGCACUACGACGCAGCUAUCCUGUUUACUCGGGAGGAUUUAUGUGGACAUCAUUCAUGUGACACCCUGGGAAUGGCAGACGUUGGGACCAUAUGUUCUCCAGAGCGCAGCUGUGCUGUGAUUGAAGACGAUGGCCUCCACGCAGCUUUCACUGUGGCUCACGAAAUCGGACAUCUACUUGGCCUCUCCCAUGACGAUUCCAAAUUCUGUGAAGAGACCUUUGGUUCCACAGAAGAUAAGCGCUUAAUGUCCUCCAUCCUUACCAGUAUUGAUGCGUCUAAGCCCUGGUCCAAAUGCACUUCAGCCACCAUCACAGAAUUCCUGGAUGAUGGCCAUGGUAACUGUUUGCUGGACCAACCACGAAAGCAGAUCCUGGGCCCCGAAGAACUCCCAGGACAGACCUAUGAUGCCACUCAGCAGUGUAACCUGACAUUCGGCCCCGAGUACUCCGUGUGUCCCGGCAUGGAUGUCUGCGCUCGCCUGUGGUGUGCCGUGGUCCGCCAGGGCCAGAUGGUCUGUCUUACCAAGAAACUGCCUGCUGUGGAAGGGACGCCUUGUGGAAAGGGGAGAAUCUGCCUGCAGGGCAAAUGUGUGGACAAAACCAAGAAAAAAUAUUAUUCAACAUCAAGCCAUGGCAACUGGGGGUCUUGGGGAUCCUGGGGCCAGUGUUCUCGCUCAUGUGGAGGAGGAGUGCAGUUUGCCUAUCGUCACUGUAAUAACCCUGCUCCCAGAAACAACGGACGCUACUGCACAGGGAAGAGAGCCAUCUACCGCUCCUGCGGUCUCAUGCCCUGCCCGCCCAAUGGUAAAUCAUUUCGUCAUGAACAGUGUGAGGCCAAAAACGGCUAUCAGUCUGAUGCAAAAGGAGUCAAAACUUUUGUGGAAUGGGUUCCCAAAUAUGCAGGCGUCCUGCCAGCGGAUGUGUGCAAGCUGACCUGCAGAGCCAAGGGCACUGGCUACUAUGUGGUAUUUUCUCCAAAGGUGACCGACGGCACUGAAUGUAGGCCGUACAGCAAUUCUGUCUGCGUCCGGGGGAAGUGUGUGAGAACUGGCUGUGACAGCAUCAUCGGCUCAAAGCUGCAGUAUGACAAGUGCGGGGUAUGUGGAGGAGACAACUCCAGCUGUACAAAGAUUGUUGGAACCUUUAAUAAGAAAAGUAAGGGCUACACUGACGUGGUGAGGAUUCCUGAAGGGGCAACCCACAUAAAAGUUCGACAGUUCAAAGCCAAAGACCAGACUAGAUUCACUGCCUAUUUAGCCCUGAAAAAGAAAAAUGGUGAGUACCUUAUCAAUGGAAAGUACAUGAUCUCCACUUCAGAGACUAUCAUUGACAUCAAUGGAACAGUCAUGAACUAUAGUGGUUGGAGCCACAGGGACGACUUCUUGCAUGGCAUGGGCUACUCUGCCACGAAGGAAAUUCUAAUAGUGCAGAUCCUUGCAACAGAUCCCACGAAACCAUUAGAUGUCCGUUAUAGCUUUUUUGUUCCCAAGAAGUCCACUCCAAAAGUAAACUCUGUCACUAGUCAUGGCAGCAAUAAAGUGGGAUCACACACUUCGCAGCUGCAGUGGGUCACGGGCCCAUGGCUCGCCUGCUCUAGGACCUGUGACACAGGUUGGCACACCAGGACGGUGCAGUGCCAGGAUGGAAACCGGAAGUUAGCGAAAGGAUGUCCUCUCUCCCAGAGGCCUUCUGCGUUUAAGCAAUGCUUGCUGAAGAAAUGUUAGCCUGUGGUUAUGAUCUUAUGCACAAAGAUAACUGGAGGAUUCAGCACUGAUGCUGUCGUGGUGAACAGGAGGUCUACCUAACUCACAGAAAGUCAUGCUUCAGUGGCAUUGUCAACAGGAGUCCAAUAAUGGGCAGAAUCUGCUCUCUGUGACCAAAAGAGGAUGUGCACUGCUUCACGUGACAGUGGUGACCUUGCAAUAUAGAAAAACUUGGGAGUUAUUGAACAUCCCCUGGGCUUACAAGAAAGAAACACUGAUGAAUGUAAAAUCAGGGGACAUUUGAAGAUGGCAGAACUGUCUCCCCCUUGUCACCUACCUCUUAUAGAAUGUCUUUAAUGGCAUCAUAAUCAUUUUCACCCAUAAUACACAGUAGCUUCUUUUUACUGUUUGUAAAUACAUUCUCCCUUAAUAUGUCACUUUAUAUCCCUUGGUUCUAUUAAAAUAUCCAUAUAUAUUUCUAUAAAAAAAGUGUUUGACCAAAGUAGGUCUGCAGCUAUUUCAACUUCCUUCAGUUUCCAGAAAGAGCUGUGGAUAUUUUACUGGAAAUUAAGAACUUGCUGCUGUUUUAAUAAGAUUUAGUAUAUUUUGACUACAGGAGAUAAAAUUUCAGUCAAAAAACUAUUUUGACAGCAAGUAUCUUCUGAGAAAUUUUGAAAAGUAAAUAGAUCUCAGUGUAUCUAGUCACUUAAAUACAUACACGGGUUCAUUUACUUCAACCUUUGACUGCCUGUAUUUUUUUCAGGUAGCUAGCCAAAUUAAUGCAUAACUUCAGAUGUAGAAGUAGGGUUUGCCUGUGUGUGUGUGAUCAGUACUCAAGAGUCUGAAAACUAGUUUCCUUGUGUUGGAAACUUAAAAGGAAAAAAAUUGUAUUUCACUGUGUUUUCAAUUUGUAUUCUCACAACUACUUUCUCUCUC